AUGGAAAAACCAAAGAUGAAGAAAGGAAAUCGACAGAACACGUCACCUGAUGCAUGCUGUGCCUCAUGGUAUACGAAGCCAACGCCCAUCACGCCAAAAAGGUGCCAUAACGUCUCAAAAGUUCCCAACCUUCGCCAAGCGGGAGACGCGCGAAGACAAGGGGAACAAAAGAAUUUGGCUCAAAUGGCCAUGCAUUUAAAAUACGGACGGUUUAACAAUCAACCUAAUUUUACAAGACCAGGGCGGCCACGUCAAAAGCUUGAAGCUAAUUGUAUUUUAAUUAAUGCACCUAAACGCAGCCAGACCUUAAAAUCCAAUAUUAUUAAGAACUCUGAAGGCUUUAAAAGUGAACAAGAAUUCCUAGCUCAGAAAUCAGAUAAACUCUAUCACCACCUGUCCCUGUCGGAAGUGAUGCAUAUAGAUAUAAGACCACCUAGAAACACUAAAGCUUCCUCCCCUGUUCACUGGACGUCAUUAAUGAACGCCAAAUACAAACCUUCAAGAGCCCUGUCACCCAGAAGAGGUUAA